AUGGGGAGUACAAUACUGGUCACUGUCCUUGUGUCAUUUUCCCUGCUACUGCAUGAAAGUUACCAUCAUGAAGUGAAUACAGUUACUGUUGUACAUGCAGCGGAGAGAACUUUUCCAGAAAAGGCAGGUGGCAUUAAUACUGACUUGGCAGGAUUAAUACAGAAGUUUCACCUUCAAGAACUUUUUCAUCGUUAUGGAGAAAACAAUUCUCUGUCAAUUGAAGGCUUUAGAAAACUGCUCCAAAACAUAGGUAUCGAUAAAAUGAAAAGGAUUAAAAUAGCUCAUGAUCAUGACCAUGAUCAUGAUCAUGACCAUCAUCACCAUGAUCAUCACCAUCAUAACCAUGUUUCACCGAGUAAAAACUCUGAGAAAACUGUUUGUCCAAACCACGAGUCUGAUGCUAACAAACACCACAGGAACAGUCAUUCAAAGGAACCUCAUAAAGUAGAGAAUGUAGGAGAUCAGCAGAACUUUGUACGCAGCAAGAACACUGUUAAUGAAAUAAUGGCAUCUAUCAUCACUGCUCCCACCGACAGCCACUCUGAAUUACACAAUGCACAACCUGGAGGUGUCAAGCUGGUUGCUCGUUUAGGCCUGACUAGCUCUAAUGCCGUGAAUGUCACAGGUGGCAGCAACGCAAGCUGGCUGAUGAACAGCAAAGCAAAUGAAUCUCAUGUAUCACCAAAGGAAUCGGAAAGAGGAAGCUACCUGAAUUCUAAACUGAAAAAACAAAAUACCCAAGAGUGCUCCAGUGCAUCAAAACUGCUGCAGUCCCAUGGAAUGGGCACUCAGGUGUUGCUGAGUGCUACCGAAUUUAGUUACCUCUGUCCAGCUCUUAUUAAUCAGAUUGAUGGCAAAUACUGCAUAGUACAUGCAACUAGUGAAAAAGCUGAAACUCCUCCAAAAAGUUACUCUCUGCAAAUAGCUUGGAUUGGUGGCUUUAUAUCCAUCUCAGUCAUCAGUUUUCUUUCCUUACUGGGUGUUAUAUUGGUGCCAUUGAUGAAUCGCGUAUUUUUCAAGUUUCUCCUAAGUUUUCUUGUGGCCUUGGCUGUCGGGACUUUGAGUGGAGAUGCUUUCUUACAUCUCCUUCCACAUUCACAUGGAAACCAUCACCAUCACCAUGAAAAACCUCUACUUGAACAAAACAAAGACUCUAUGUUCAAACAUCUUGUUUUUCAAAGUGCAGAGGAGAGUGCUUACCUAGAUUCUACAUGGAAGGGACUUACAGCACUUGGAGGCUUGUAUUUCAUGUUUCUUGUGGAGCAUUUGAUCACUUUGAUAAAGCAGUUUAAAGACAAGAAGAAAAAGAAAAAAAAUGAAGAUGAUGGAGAAAGUAAGAAGUUUUCAGCGAAUGAAGAAAAGUUAGAUGCAGAUGAUCGGCCUGAGGUCUAUCUGGGGACAGACUCUCAAGAUCCAUCACCCUUCAUUUCUCAGCAGCCGACUGUACAAGAAGAAGAAGAAGUCAUGAUAGCUCAUUCUCAUCAUGAGGAGGUUGACAAUGAAUACGUGUCCAGAGGCUGUAGAAACAAAUGUCAUUCUCACUUACAUGAUACUCUAGGACAGACAGAUCAUCUUAGUCAUCAUCACCAUGACUACCAUCAUAUUCUGCAUCACCACCAUCAUCAGAACCACCAUCCCCAUAGUCACAGUCAGCGCUACUCACGUGAAGAACUGAAGGAUGCUGGAAUAGCAACUCUGGCAUGGAUGGUGAUUAUGGGAGAUGGACUACACAAUUUUAGUGAUGGCCUAGCUAUUGGAGCAGCCUUUACCGAAGGGUUAUCUAGUGGUUUAAGCACUUCUGUGGCUGUAUUUUGCCAUGAAUUACCUCAUGAGCUAGGAGAUUUUGCUGUGCUUCUCAAAGCUGGGAUGACUGUCAAACAAGCUGUGCUUUAUAACGCCCUGUCAGCUAUGCUGGCCUAUCUUGGAAUGGCCACUGGGAUUCUCAUUGGUCAUUAUGCAGACAAUGUUUCAAUGUGGAUAUUUGCACUUACUGCUGGCUUGUUCAUGUAUGUGGCUCUUGUGGAUAUGGUACCUGAAAUGCUCCACAAUGAUGCUAGCGAUCAUGGAUGCAGCCGCUGGGGUUACUUCUUGUUACAGAAUGCUGGGAUCCUGUUGGGUUUUGGGAUAAUGCUGCUCAUCUCUGUAUUUGAACACAAGAUUGUAUUCAGCAUAAACCUCUAA